CAGCGAUAGUGACAGAAGAGGGCGCCAGAGAUUAGAAAAGGAAUGGAAUGGUGCAUGCGCACUUUGGAAGACGGCUCGCUGACACCGCGGGAAACAUUAAAUGAUUUCAAGUAGACCAAGUUAGGUAGAACGCUGAGUCUUGGAAGUUGAAAUGUCAAAGAAGAAGGGUCUGAGCCUGGAGGAGAAGCGCAGUCGCAUGAUGGAGAUCUUCUUUGAGACUAAAGAUGUUUUUCAGCUGAAGGACAUUGAGAAGAUGGCCCCCAAAAUGAAAGGAAUCACACCCAUGUCGGUGAAGGACGUAUUGCAGAGCUUGGUGGAUGACAACAUGGUGGACUGUGAGAGAGUGGGUACCUCUAACUACUACUGGGCGUUCCCUAGCAAAGCUGUGCAUGCCCGCAAGCUAAGGAUUGAAGAACUGGAAAAACAGCAUCAAGAAGGGAAACAACGGAAAAUAGCCCUGCAGCAAGCUGUGGACGUAGCUAAAGUGGGACGCCAAGGCACAGAGGACAGGGCUGCACUUCUUCGGGAACUAAAGGACCUGAAAGAGCAGAAGCUCCAGCUGAAGGCUGAGCUGGAGAAGUACAAGGAGUGUGACCCAGGAGUAGUGGAUGAGAUGCGCAAGGAAAACAUCACUGCCAAAGAGGCUGUAUCCAGGUGGACAGAUAAUGUAUUCGCCAUUAAAUCGUGGGCCAAGAGAAAGUUUUCCUUUGAGGACAGCCGAAUUGACAAAGCCUUUGGAAUACCUGAAGACUUUGACUACAUGGAUUAACCACUACUCAUCUUCUCUCCACAACUGUGAGCCGUCCACCUGAGGUCUCAGAGGAAACCUAGAGAGAUCAUCACUCAAUACAGGCAAACCACUAACUUCAUGAUGCUGUCACACAGGUCCUUUACCCUUAUUUUCCGAGUUGCCUCAUUAGAUGAUGCCAUGCCAUCCGAUGUGUGAAAUGGAAGCUCACAUGUGUAACUGGAGAAGGUGCUAUGCUAACCCCUGGCUGCACCCUCCCUCUCUGAUCCACUCUCAGAUGGGGCCUGACUUUUGGGACACCUGUUGGUGUGAAAAGCGAGCCCAUGCCACUGCUGAUGGAAAUGAGGUUCAUUGCUGGACUAGUGGAGAUGUUGGGAAACAGGGACCCAAUUAUUAUUAUUAUUUUUGAAUGUUCAUCAAAAUGUACAGAGGAAUACCCAAAUAACAAAACGUUUAAUCGUUUAAAAAGGAUAGACAUGUUUGGAGAUUAAAAAAUAAAAAUGUGUCUGAAAUUGAGCAUAUAUGUGUGUAAGUAAUUGCAGUCAUGGAUCCUUGAGAAAUCAUUUAGCAUUAGGUGUGUGCUUUCUAUGAUGCAUCAUGAAGCAUAUUUCAAACAGUUAUGGAUGCUGAGGUGCCAAGCAAAAUGUGAUGUUUUUGUCAUUACUUCAAUUUUGGACCAUUAUGAGGGGGGAAAAAAUUCUAAUUACUGAAAGUACAUGCACCUUUAACAUUUACCAAUUUGCCUACAAUAAACCUUUUUUCCCUUUUCUUUCUGAAAGACCACAGUUGGAUAGUCAGACAUACAAUCCGCAACCAAGGCUUUCCUUUCUAUUUCUGUUCCCUGUGUAUCUUUGGACUCCAACUUUUCUAAUCAUGCCAUCAAAUGUGACAUGUGUCCACAUCCAGUGCCUCUUCUCAUAGAUCUUCCGCCAAUGUCAAACAGAUCUUCUAAGUUACUUUUCAUGUUGUUUUCAUACCAUGGUAAAAUGCAGUUUACUUAGGAAAGAUGAAGAGAUUCCUUUGUGAUAAACCCAUGAAGACGUCCAUAUGCUGUGCAAGUGCCAACCUGUUUAUCCUGUUGAGCCAUACCUUGGCGAUCAGCCUGAAGGUGGAGCCCUAAAUUGUCCAUGGUAUGCUGAUUUUGACAAUUAAGUAAUGUUGGUUUAUCAUUUUAGUCUUUCAGUUCAUAAAGCAAUAAUGUUGUCGUAAUGUUUCAUUUGCCCUUUUCAGGUAACGUUGUAUGUCUGUAUUUAGCCUACGUAUACAUUAAUUGCAAACAGGUGAAAGGUUUGUCAGUUCCUGCAGAUACCUGACAUAUGGCGGCUUUUAAAAAAUGACAGCUAGUUGUUCUGAUCAGUGCGUAUAUUUAUACCAAGGUUACUGUAAUCAUAAGGAGCGUCUUCAUAAGCUCUGAUGCCUACACCUGCUUAUAGGAGACAUGACAAUAAAAAUGUACCUUCACAAGAA